AAUCUACACUUCAUCUUGUUUUGCGACUUCGUGGUGGUAUGCAAAUUUUUGUUAAAACUCUUACGGGUAAAACUAUUACUCUGGAAGUUGAAGCUUCCGAUACCAUUGAAAAUGUAAAAGCCAAAAUUCAAGACAAAGAAGGUAUUCCUCCCGACCAACAGAGAUUGAUCUUUGCUGGAAAACAAUUAGAAGAUGGUCGUACUCUUUCCGAUUAUAAUAUUCAAAAAGAAUCAACCCUCCAUCUCGUUCUACGACUUCGUGGUGCUUCCGAUACUAUUGAAAAUGUUAAGACUAAAAUUCAAGAUAAGGAAGGUAUUCCUCCUGAUCAACAGAGACUGAUCUUUGCAGGAAAACAAUUAGAAGAUGGUCGUACACUUUCGGAUUAUAACAUCCAGAAAGAAUCAACUCUUCAUCUUGUACUUCGUCUUCGUGGUGGUAUGCAAAUAUUUGUAAAAACUCUUACUGGAAAAACAAUUACUUUAGAAGUUGAAGCUUCUGAUACAAUUGAAAAUGUUAAAACUAAAAUUCAAGAUAAGGAAGGUAUUCCACCAGAUCAGCAGAGAUUGAUUUUUGCUGGUAAACAGCUCGAAGAUGGUCGUACACUUUCGGAUUAUAAUAUUCAAAAAGAAUCAACACUACAUUUAGUACUGCGUUUGAGAGGUGGAAUGCAAAUUUUCGUCAAAACUCUCACGG